AUGAUCAAAAAGUUGAUUGGAAAAGCCCAUGAGAUCCCUGACAUUGAGCAGCAGACACGUCUUGUCCAAAUGCUCCAAAAAGUGGAGAAUGGGGUUCGGAUCCCAGAGGGUAGUGACCUCACAGCCAAAGACCUCAAAGCCAUUGGGAAAGCUGCUGCCAAAAGCUUGCUGCAGGAGUGUGGCUCGGUCUCUGCUCUAUGUGAGAACAAUUUCACUGAGGAGACAAUGAAACUGAACCUGAACCUCCAACUCACAUAUUUCUUGGCCCAUCGUCCUCAGACUAAAACAACAUGCUUCUUUUCAAGAGUGUGGAAGGUCUUCAGAAGAAACAAAAUCAGCUCAGGACCUCUGAGCACUUAUUUGUCAUCUCCCAUCUACUAA